AUGUUCCUACCGAGGCUGUCUAUACCAUCAUUGCUCGCAACAAAGACACCCCUACAAUGCAUCCAAACACGAACAGCAGUCUCAGCACUCCGCCCACGCAAAACCAAAUUCCGUAAAGCAUUCAAAGGCUUCUUCCCUGUCCGCAUAGGGGGCUCGCUCAGAGGAACUGGCCUCUACUAUGGUGAUUUCGGCAUGCGAGUCACAGAACCAGGUCGUCUGUCAGACAUACAGCUAGAAGCAGCUCGAGCCGCCAUCCGUAAAGUCCUCAAAGCCGAAAAAGAUUUCAAAAUCUUCUUGACUGUAUUCCCACAUCGUCCUGUAACUGCUAAAGGAGCUGAAACUCGGAUGGGGAAGGGGAAGGGCAUGGUGGAUUACUUUGCUACGUGGGUAGCGCAUGGUAAAAUGCUGUUUGAGGUUAAGGGCGUUAGAGAGGAUGUAGCCAAGGAGGCCUUUCGAGUUGCGGGGGCGGGACUGCCUCUGUUGACAGAGUUUGUGACGAGGAGGCAGGUUGAUGAGGUGCCUGCUAGAGUGUUGCCGCAUUUUGUCAAGGAGAGGAUAAGGAAGUAUCAGGAGGCUACCAACAGUGGCAACAGCACGCCUACUCAUGCACCUCCUCAAUAA